AUGUCAACAUCUGUAUCAACAACUACUGAACCACAAUUGUAUUUUGAAGCCAGAAUCACGGAGGAUUCCGUUAAAAAAUUCUAUUUAAUAAUGAGAUUAGCUACUAGUAACUAUACAUCACUUGAUUUUUAUACAAAACCAGAAGAACUCAUAAUGACGGUUAGUUGCAAAAUGGAUAAACCAAUGAAAACGAAUUUUACCAGAGAUUUUUUCACCUCAUAUAAUGUUACAAACAGCCACUGUUAUUCUAUACAAAGUGCAGGAAUUAAGGAAAUUAUUAAAAAAGAGAUUAAUGACUUUGAGGAGGUUGAUGAAUUAACUAUUAAAGUAAAGUCUGAUGAACUCACAUUUUCAUACAUAUUGCAUUGUAUGAUCACUGAAACAAUAGAUACUGAUUGGAGUAUUCCAGAGUGUAAUAAUUUAGUGUGCGUUGAAUAUAGUUCAGAAAUUUUAAAACAUAUUAUUGAAGGUAUUCAUAAAUAUACCAGAGAAAUAAGAUUAACCUUUCAUCCUGAUGCAACGAGUAUUGAAAGUAUGAAAAAUCCUUAUGAUCGGCAUAGAGCUAAACGGAUAUUUCCUCGAUCCAAUUUUACAAUAUAUGAUCUUAUGCAGCCUGUUAAUUGUACAGUAUUGAGGAAGACAUUCAAACAUUUUUUAUAUAUUACUAAAAGUUUUAAAAAUGAACUUCGGAUUCAUUUUAUGAUGGAAAAUGAGGACAUUCCAUUGUCUCAUCUUUAUCUAUCAAGUAAAUUCGAGAAUAAAAUAAAUGUUUACGCAGUAUUGGAUGCUAUAGUUAUAACUGAUGAAGAACAUAGAUCAUUGCAGUAUUCAGCAUCAGCAGCAACUGGUUUUGGUAGUGGUGAUGGCAUUAAUGUAUUAAUUGAUGAGAUGCGAAUAAAUCAGUGA